GGCAGGUGCUGCGAUGCCGCUGUGCCCACGUGGCGGCUGAGGCUGAGGCCGAGGGCUGCGCAUUCCAUAAAUUGGCUCCGCGAUGCCGCUGUGCCGGCGCGGCGCGGCGGCCGAGGCCGAGGGCUGCGCGUUCCCGGCCGGCGCGGGGCUGAAGGUGCUGCUGCACUGGAGCGGCGCCGAGCAGCCGCAGCGCUGCCGCGUCUUCGGCGGCGGCAGCCGCAGCGCCGAGGAGAUCUGCAUCGAGCUGGCCCGCGGCCUCGUUUUUUGGUUUUAUUUCCGGAAUUGGCACGGCAUGAACGAGAAGGAGCCGGCGGUUUUCCGGAACGUUCCGCGGGCGGGGGAUUCUCCCGAGGAAAAACCUCCCGGAGGAGCUUUGCUGGACAGAUCCUCCUUCGAGUACCUGUUUGAGCAGGGAAAAUUCGAAUUCAUCAACGACGUCGCCUCCCUGAAGGAUUUCCAGAGCGAGGCGGAAAUCCAGAAAUUCAAGAACGAGAGCCUGGGGAUGGCUGUGCUCCACCUCUCCCACAUUGCCCUAAAAAAGGGCAUUUCCCUGGAGGAAGUGGCCAGGAAAUACAGCUUCAAGGACUGCAUCCCGCGCUCCUUCCGCCUCCAGAUCCAGCAGAACAAUUUCCUGACCCGCUUCCGCAUGAAGAACGUCUUCCGCCGCUUCCUGCGGCGCUUCCAGCGGCACACGGUGGCGGCCGGCGGCCUGACGGAGCGCGACGUCAUGUACAAGUACCUGGCCACGCUGGAGCAGCUGGCCCCCCGCUUCGGCAGCGAGCUUUUCCCGGCGAUUUCCCUGGAAACGGCGGCCGGGGCCGAGGCGGCGCCGCCCGGAGCCGCCGGGAGCCGCGCGGAGCCGGCGGCGCCGAGGGAUCGGCCGGUCACGCACCACGUCCUGGUCACCGGCACCGGCGGCAUCCAGUGGAGGCCGGUGCCCGCCGAGAGCACGGAAAGCCUCUCCCAGCGCGGAUAUUUUGGGAGAAAAAGCGGGAACGAGGAGCCGGAGCCGAGCGAGCCGCCCUGGCGCCGGUUCUGCGAUUUUCGGGAAAUCACGCACGUGGUGGUCAAGGAGGCCAGGAUCAGCAUCCACCGGCAGGACAACGAGAGCCUGGAGGUGCAGCUGCCCGGCCCCGGCAGCGCGCUGGCCCUGGUGUCGCUGGUGGACGGGUAUUUCCGCCUGACGGCCGACUCCAGCCAUUACCUGUGCCACGACGUGGCGCCGCCGCGGCUGCUGCUGAGCAUCCACCACGGCAUCCACGGGCCCAUGCAGGAGGAGUUUGUUUUUGCCAAGCUCCGCCGGGAAGAGCCGGAGGAGGGGCUCUACAUCCUCCGCUGGAGCGUCCUGGAUUUCAACCGCAUGAUCCUCUCCGUGCUCAAGAGGGGCCACCAGCAGGCUCCUGGGACGCCGGGAUCCGUCAAGUUCCGGCAAUUCCGCAUCCAGAAGAAGGGAGACUGCUUCGUGCUGGAGGGCUGGGAUCGGGAAUUCCCUUCCCUGCGGGAGCUGCUGGACGUGCUCAAGGGCUGCACCCUCAAAUCCGGCGAGGAGAACUUCACGGUGAAGAGGUGCUGCCCGCCCAAGCCCGGAGAGAUCUCGGACCUGCUGAUCGCACGGAAGGAGAAGGAUAACGGGAAGCAGAUCCUGAACCUCACCCAGCUCAGCUUCCACCAGAUCCGCAAGAACGAGAUCACCCAGCGAGCCCACCUGGGCCAGGGCACCCGGACCAACAUCUACGACGGGGUCCUGAGCGUCUGCGGGAAUUCCGGGAAUGACGACGAGGCCGAGUAUUUUUCCACGGAGCAGAACAACAACGGGAGGGAGAUGCACGUGGUGCUCAAAGUCCUGGACCCCAGCCACAGGGACAUCGCCCUGGCGUUCUUCGAGAGCGCCAGCCUCAUGUCCCAGGUGUCCCACGCCCACCUGGCCUUCGUGCACGGCGUCUGCGUGCGCGGCUCCGAGCACAUCCUGGUGGAGGAGUUUGUGGAGCACGGGCCGCUGGACGUGCUGCUGCGCCGGGAGAAGGGCCGCGUCUCCGUGGGCUGGAAAAUCACCGUGGCCAAGCAGCUGGCCAGUGCCUUGAGCUACCUGGAGGAAAAGGGAAGGCAGGAAAACCCUCGGUCCCUCGCAGACCUCGUGGACGUCACGUCGGUGAAUCCCGACUGCCCCGUGUCCGAUCCCACCGUCUUCCAGAAGCGCUACCUGAAGAAAAUCCGGGAGCUGGGGGAGGGCCACUUUGGGAAGGUGAGCCUGUGCUGCUACGACCCCACCAACGACGGCACCGGGGAGAUGGUGGCGGUGAAAUCCCUGAAAUCCGGGAGCAGCCCCCAGCUCCUGAGCUCCUGGAAGAGGGAAAUCCAAAUCCUGAAGACCCUGUACCACGAGAACAUCGUCAAGUACAAGGGCUGCUGCAGCGAGCAGGGGGACAAGGUGGUGCAGCUGAUCAUGGAAUACGUCCCGCUGGGAAGCCUCCGGGAAUUCCUGCCCAAGCACCCCCUGAGCCUGUCCCACCUCCUGCUCUUUGCCCAGCAGAUCUGCGAGGGCAUGGCCUACCUGCACUCCCUGCACUACAUCCACCGGGACCUGGCCGCCCGGAACGUGCUGCUGGAGAACGAGCACGUGGUGAAAAUUGGGGAUUUUGGGCUGGCCAAGGCCGUCCCCGAGGGCCACGAGUAUUACCGGGUGCGGGAGGACGGCGACAGCCCCGUCUUCUGGUACGCCCCGGAGUGCCUCAAGGAAUGUAAAUUUUAUUACGCCUCGGAUGUUUGGUCCUUCGGGGUGACCCUCUACGAGCUCCUGACCCGCUGCGACCCCGGGAGCAGCCCCCCAGCCAAGUUCCUGGAGAUGAUCGGGGCCACGCAGGGGCAGAUGACGGUGCUGAGGCUGAUCGAGCUCCUGGAGAGGGGGAAGAGGCUGCCCAUGCCCAGGGAUUGUCCCUGCGAGGUGUUCCGGCUGCUGCAGCUGUGCUGGGAGGCCGAGGCCUCGUUCCGCCCGGCCUUCCCCAACCUGGUCCCCGUCCUGCGCCGCUUCCGGGAGAAAUACCGAGCCCAGGCGGCCUCGGUCUUCAGCCUCUGCUGAGGGGAUCCCAAAAAUCCGUGGGAUGGACAGGGGAAAUCCCAAAAAUCCAUGGGAAUGGACAGGGGAAAUCCCAAAAAUCCAUGGGAUGGACAGGGGAAAUCC